CAAAAUUAGCAGAUGAUAAUAGAUUAGUGAUAAUAACUCCAACUUUAACAAUCAUAAAAACUUCUAAUCAACAUAUUUUUGGUGGUUAUAAUGAUUCAAACAUUGAACAUCAUUAUUUUGAAAGAAAAGUAUCAAACAGAAAUUUUUUAUUUUCCUUUGAUAGUCAAAAUGAUUUUAAUACUUCAAAACUUGCACGUGUUAAAAAGCAUAGUUUAGCUUUGGAAUAUUAUUCAGAUUAUGGGCCUUGCUUUGGUUGUAACAAGAAUGACUUUGACAUGUAUAUUAAUUUAGAUGAGCUACAUAUUUCAAAUUCUAAUAUUUAUCCAAAUUUAAAAAAUUUUAUAAAAUUAAAAACGACUCUUGAAAUAGAGGAUUAUGAAGUUUGGAAU